ACCUGGUGUGUAUUGAUUGGUUAGAUCUGCUGCAGAGACCAACACAGACUCCCUCCUUCACAUCUGUCCACACCUGACCUUAAUCACAUUGCUGCCUGUGACAAAGAAGGAGACAAUGGGGACACAUCGCUUUCUUGCAUGGGGAGCCGUGAAAGCCUGUGCUGAUGCUUCUUGCCCCAGCCCUAGAUUCUUCAGCUAAGUGGAAAAGCUGGGAAAAGAUCUGGAUUGACAGGCGGCAGCAGAGGUAGACAUGGAUCCCAAGGUCUGCUCUGAGAAUCAUUACAUGACUAUGAUGGAGGAAGAAGGUGAACCAAGAGAGGAACCCGAGGAUUAUGGACCUGAUGACCUACAACACUUUGGGUCCAGCAAUAUCAUGGCAGGAGUUGACCACAUACAGAAGCAGCUGGAAUUACAAAAUGGUAGCUUAGAGGAAGGACUUGGGGUACGUUCCCUGAAGAUCGAGCCACAGAACAUGAUGGAGAGUCUAAGCCCGAGGAAAUAUUCCUCCAGUCUGAAGUUUAAAGCCAACGGGGACUAUUCUGGCUCGUAUUUAACCCUCUCCCAACCUGUGUCCACCAAGAGAAGCCCUUCUCCUUUGGGCAGCAGUGUUAGGAGCAGCCCCUCCUUGGUCAAACUCCAGGGAAACAAGCAGUUUUGUGAGGGAACUGACAAAAAUGUUUCCAUGAAGCCUCCUACGUCCUUCCUCAGCUCCGCAGCCUCUCUGGGGGGUUAUCCACUCGGGAGAGCAGAUUUGGAUCAUUAUACUGGUCGGGACAGUGAGAGGUCCUCCAGGCUCUCAGAGAAGCCCCCCUAUUCCAGAUACAGCUCUAGGAAUAAAUCCCAUGACAACGUCUACUUUCUCGGGGGGCUGGAAGGAAGAAAAGCCUCUGGCUCGCUCUUGACCAUGUGGAAUGGGGGUUCCUUGAGCAGCGCUGGCUCCGCACCGGUCAGCAGAUCUGGGGCAGCGAGCAUGCCCUCGAGCCCAAAGCAAGCUAGGAAAAUGAACUUACCGGACAACUUGCCCCUUCAGCCCCGGUUAAGCCGGCACAAGGAGCCAGCCUCUGAAAAUAUCAGUGUGAGAACAAGGAAGUAUUCAGGGAGCAGCCUGAGUAACAUGGGUGCCUAUAGCCGAUCGCUUCCCAGGUUGUAUAAAGCCACAGACAGCCAGAUGCCGCCUCUCAGCCUGCCUCCAAGAAAUUCCCUGGGCAAUUCCAAACGAGGUCAGUUAGGGGAAAAGGAUCUACCUCAUAGCAUAGUGGAUAAUGACAAUUACCUUAACUUUUCUUCUCUAAGCUCAGGGACUUCACCCUAUAAAACCUCUCUGUCAGAGGGAAAUCCUUACGUAAGCUCCACCCUUAGUGUCCCUGCCAGCCCUCGAGUGGCCCGGAAGAUGCUCCUGGCCUCAACCUCUUCAGAUGACUUUGAUAGGGCUUCUUACUCAGGGACCAGCCCGAGUCAUUCCUUCAUCUCUGGAGAACCAGACCGAGUGCCUGUGGCCAGGAGGAACUUCUCUUGUGGAUCUAUGGAGUUUGAUGAUUCUGAUCUGGAAAGCCUACGACAGUCCUCAGAAACGCCCCAGCCUGUCCUUCGAGAACGGAAAAGCAGCAUCAGCUCCAUUUCAGGCCGCGACGAUCUGAUGGAUUAUCACCGCCGACAGAGGGAGGAGAGACUCAGGGAGCAGGAGAUGGAGCGCCUGGAGCGGCAACGACUGGAGACCAUCCUCAGUCUGUGUGCCGAGUACACGAAGCCUGAGGGCCGACGCCUGUCCGCUGGCACCACCGUGGCCGAUGUACAGAAAAUCAACAAGGAGCUGGAGAAGCUGCAGCUGUCCGAUGAGGAGUCUGUGUUUGAGGAGGCUCUGGUGUGCCCGGACGCCAGGUACAGGUGCCAUCGGAAAGGCUCUCUCCAGGAUGUUGACAUUGCGGGCUUUGGGAGCCUCAGUCACAGCGCCAACUUCCUGGCUCCCAGGGGCAGCAGGAAUGAUGAACUGCUUGGUGACCUCACCAGGACGCCCCCACCAUCCUCAUCUGCGUUUCUGAAAACAUCCAACGAGUCCUCCUACCUCAGUAUCCUACCGAAGACCCCAGAGGAUAUAGGUGAGGAACAGAGGACUCAGGAGUUGGCUUCAAUGGAAGAUGCCCGGAUGGUUAUUCUGAACAAUCUUGAGGAACUUGAACAGAAAAUCAAAGAUAUAAAUGACCAAAUGGAUGAAUCCUCCAGAGAGUUGGAUAUGGAAUGUGCUCUUUUGGAUGGAGAGCAGAAAUCCGAGACGGCUGAGCUCAUGAAGGAGAAGGAGAUUCUGGAUCAUCUGAACCGGAAAAUCACAGAACUGGAAAAGAACAUCGUAGGCGAAAAGACCAAGGAGAAGGUAAAGCUUGAUGCUGAGAGGGAAAAGCUAGAGAGGCUUCAGGAGCUUUACUCCGAGCAGAAGACCCAGCUGGACAAUUGUCCUGAGUCCAUGAGGGAGCAGUUACAGCAACAACUCAAGAGGGAUGCUGACCUGUUGGAUGUCGAGAGCAAACACUUUGAAGACUUGGAAUUCCAGCAGCUUGAGCGUGAGAGCCGUCUGGAUGAGGAAAAGGAGAACUUGACGCAACAGCUCCUGAGGGAGGUGGCGGAGUAUCAACGGAACAUCGUUGCUAGGAAGGAAAAGAUUUCCGCACUGAAAAAGCAAGCCAGUCACAUUGUUCAGCAGGCUCAGAGGGAACAAGAUCAUUUUGUAAAAGAGAAGAACAACCUAAUAAUGAUGCUCCAAAGAGAAAAAGAGAAUCUUUGUCAUUUGGAAAAGAAGUAUUCCAGCCUCACUGGGGGGAAAGGGUUUCCUAUUAACCCCAAUACUCUGAAAGAGGGCUAUAUCAGUGUAAAUGAGAUUAAUGAGCCAUGUGGCAAUUCCACGAAUCUAUCCCCUUCCACUCAGUUCCCUGCUGAUGCUGACGCUGCUGUCACUGAGCCUGCCUCGGCUGUGCUGGUGAGCCAGCCCCAGAGUCCAGAGCAAAGAGCUGCCGUCUGUUCUGGAUUUCUGUUUCCUUCCACCCUUUCUCUUCAUCCUGUCACUCAACCUUCAUCAGCCCCUUGGCCUGAAGUCAUGGCUACAUCUGUCGAUCCUUUCCCUUUAAAUGACACACCUCCUCCUCUGCCAGCUAAGAAACACAGAAGGCAACAGCAGCUGGAGCAACAGCACUUUAGAAGUCUGGAAGAAAGAAAAAAGCAGCACAAAGAAGGUCUCUAUCUGAGUGACACUUUGCCUCGAAAGAAAACCACUCCUUCCGUCUCCCCACACUUCAGCAGUGCCACCAUGGGGAGAAGCAGCACCCCGAAGGCCCACCUGCCUCUGGGGCAAAGCAACAGCUGUGGCAGUGUGCUCCCCCACUCGCUGGCAACCAUGACGAAGGAUUCAGAGUCUCGGAGGAUGCUCAGAGGAAGAAUGAAUUCCUCAUCAGGAACAAUUAAUAAUUCCAAAACUUCAAGUGUAAAAGGUUAUAAUCACCAACAGAUGAGUGAAGGACAAAGACAGAAACCUGAAUUUUACAGCCGCACAGCAUCUGAGUCAAAUGUCUACUUGAAUAGUUUCCAUUACCCAGAUCACAGCUACAAGGACCAGGCCUAUGACACGUUGAGCCUGGACAGCUCGGAUAGCAUGGAGACCAGCAUUUCUGCCUGUUCACCAGACAAUAUCUCUAGUGCCAGCACAUCCAAUAUUGCCAGGAUAGAAGAAAUGGAGAGGCUCUUGAAACAGGCUCACGCAGAAAAGACCCGGCUACUGGAAUCCAGGGAACGAGAAAUGGAAGCCAAAAAACGAGCACUGGAAGAAGAAAAACGACGCCGGGAAAUCCUGGAAAAACGACUGCAAGAAGAAACCAGCCAGAGGCAGAAGUUAAUAGAAAAAGAAGUGAAAAUAAGAGAAAAACAGAGGGCACAGGCUCGUCCUCUGACUCGCUAUCUGCCUGUCCGGAAGGAAGACUUCGAUUUGCGGAGUCAUGUGGAGACGGCAGGCCACAAUAUUGAUACCUGUUUUCAUGUGUCAAUCACAGAGAAGACCUGCCGAGGAUACCUCAUCAAAAUGGGUGGAAAAAUUAAAACGUGGAAGAAACGCUGGUUUGUUUUUGACCGGAAUAAGCGGACAUUUUCUUAUUAUGCAGACAAACAUGAGGCUAAAUUAAAGGGAGUAAUAUACUUUCAAGCCAUCGAAGAAGUGUAUUAUGAUCACCUCAAAAAUGCUAAUAAGAGUCCGAACCCACUACUCACCUUUAGCGUGAAGACGCAUGACAGAAUCUAUUACAUGGUGGCUCCUUCACCGGAGGCCAUGCGGAUCUGGAUGGAUGUUAUAGUGACUGGAGCAGAAGGAUACACGCACUUCCUGUUGUAAUGAACUCCGGCAAUGGUCCACUGCAGGGCAGACUGCAGUAGUGUCUCGCAAGAAUGAAGCCAUAUCCGGUCUCAGAUGGCAAGGCCCAACAGACGUCCCUUCAGCUGCAUUCACUCAGAACUCUUCAUAUUGGGAAGCCUUUUGUACAAAAGGAAGCAGGGCUCAGAGUGACAGAACUGCAGCUCCCUUGACAAAACAAAAUCAAAACACUAUUUUCCUAAGAGCAUCAUUUAGAUGUGAACUUCUCAUACACUCUUUUUAUCAGUUGAUGUUGGUUAAAUACACUGAACGGUUUACACGAUGUCUGUAAAUAUGUACUUAGAAAUAUACUAUUUUAGCACCCAAAUCAGUACCAUUGGUUAUCAGCUGCCUUCUUUGUAGGAAGUAGCAUUUUAUAAAAAUUAGCAAAUAAUAAUUUAGAAGGCAACAUAUUUUAGACAUUUUGCCUUAAUUUUUAAAUACUGCCCCCAAACCAAAGACAUGGCUUGCCUCCUGUUUAACAUCAGUGUUACUCUAUCAAUACUCUUUAAAAUGGUAUUGUGAUGUCAAUUCUGUAGUGCUCCCCCACCACAGAAGCUACUGUGCACAUGUGGUAAACCAGGCUCUUAAAAACAAUUUUAAAAAGGAAAAAAAAAAAGCUCCUUGUUUUUAGAAAAGGCCAUCUCAGAAAACAGAAACCUGCAAUAUCUGGCAGUUGUAGUCAAGGAGAAUACUUAGUGGGGGAAGCCUGUUCUGUUAAAGAUUUGUUCAUCCCUGGUGCUGAGAAUAAAAGCAACCAGCAGCCAAUUUCCUUUAGACUGCCUGCUUCCUCUUGCUUAUGGGGCAGAGCUGUUACCUGCACCCUGACAUGGCCUAACUAUGAAGCUAUCUCUGGUUCGCUGAAAAACAGAACCAUUAAAAUAUCUUUAUUUUGAAGACAACCAAAAUUCAAAGUAAUGUUCUCUAUGCUAUAUCUUUUUACUUCUAUCUCUACAGAUAGCCUUGUUUCUAGAGCUAUCUUUUUUUUUAAUGAAAUGACUUCGGGCAAGUCUCUUUUAUAAUUGUUCUCCAAGUGCCAAUUAUUUUAGUUGUUGUGUUUUGUGUUUAUAAGUAUGAAUAAACUCUUUCCGAAUACAUGCCAAAUGGAUAGAAGUAGAAAAUAACGCCAUUACUUACUUGUACACGUGAAAUGAUUAGAAAUAUCCACAAAACUUUGUCAGGCCUGACUGGGUACAAUUUUUUUUAAACUUACAGUGUACUUUUAUACCUGUAUACAUGUUACCAUUAAUAUGAUUUUGCAACUGGAUGAUGCCAGGUUUUACUUGAAUAAUGAGGGAGAAAUAUCAUGACUGUAGGAGGUAUUUUGUCAGCUGUGAUUUCUGCAGUAGUCCCCUUCAACUCUUGUGAUCUAAAACAUUAAAAUGCAAUUGCAAAGAUCUGGUUGACUAAUGUAAAAACACAGCUUUUCUGUACUGUACUUUCCCCAUAGGAUGAUAAUGGUAUUCUAAUCAGUUUGCAUGUCUGAACCUUUUAGAUAUGUGUGCUAAAUGUAUUGAGUUUGGAUUAAAGUGUUGACCUGAUUUCACAUUUGAAA